GGGAUCCAUGGGUCAGUUGCCAUUCUUUCUCCAACGUUUUCGACCAAUAAAACAUAGUCUGCUGGCUUCAGGAUCUUCGCCUUACUCUUCAUCAUUUGGACCAUCAUCUUCAUUCUUCUCUCGUCCCUACACCUCAGCAUCUUCAAGCUAUGGAGCCCCCAGUUCCAUCUUUGGUGGACAAUUCAGCUCCCUCCCAUUCGGAUCCUCCGGGACAUUGAGUUUUGGAUCACCCUCUUCUAGUAGCUUCGGAGGAUUGGGCAGUCCAAUCACAAGCUUCAGCAGCUUGAACAGUCCUCCAACUAGCUUCAGCAGCCUCAGCAACCCUUUUGGAAGCUUUGGUAGCUUAAGUCUUCCAUCUAAUGGCUUAAGUCUUGCAUCAGGAAGCUAUGGAAGUUCGUUGGGAUCCUUUGGACUCGCAUCACCAAGUUAUGGUAGCUCAUCGUUGUACGGUUCUUCUCCCAGUUUCCUGCAUGCUUCGCCUAGCUUCAGUUCCCCAUCAAUAGGUGGGCCCCCAAGUUCAAAGUUUGGAUCUUCUACACUAUCACCUUCAAGUCUUGGCUCUUCUUCUCUGUUGGAAUUGGGUACAACUAAUAACUUUGACACUCUUGGAGGUUUUGACCAUGCGGAUCUUCUUGAUGACUAUCCUGGAUUUUCCAACGCAGGAUUUGCCAAAGAUUUGAACCUGGCUGCAUCUCAGACAUUUAAAUUCCAGGCUCCGCCACCGCUUGGCAAUGAAUUCGUUUUCUUCCGACGAUCUUCUGAGAAGAAGUAAGAACACUAACGCCACCUGGUGUGGUAUUGCACACUCCCUUCAUCCCA